AUGGCUGCCUCUGAUGGACACGUCGCUCAAACUUGGGACCGGCGACCGCCCUAUGCCUAUUCUACAGAGGGCGAGGCCGCUUUUGAGAAGAAACUCGAGGGUAAAUGUCAAUGUGGCAGAGUGAGAUACUGGCUCAAGAGUGACAAGCCACUCAGCUCCAAGUUCUGUCACUGUCGAGGUUGUCAAGUGCUCCACGGCGCACCGUUUCAGUGGGCUGCCAUAUUCAACAAGGACGACAUGGUCUUUGAAAAUGGUACCCAAAACUUAGUCUUUUACCACUCGGGAGAAUGUACACUCGGCCACGACCUGCCUUGCAAAGUGAGCUGUGCACAUUGCCGCUCACCCAUCAUGGACGAGGGCAGACGGAUGGUGUUACUCUUUCCAACUCUUCUCAAGUUCAAUGACAAGGCGGCGAGAGAUUUAUUUUAUCCACAGUGCCAUAUCUUUUACUCGGCUCGGGUAGUGGAUAUACCAGACGGCAAGCCAAAAUGGGACGGCCUGGAUAGUAGCAGGUGA